GCUGAUCUCCUGGGAUUUUCACACACAAGAGUAGAGUUUUUACUCACAAUGGUGCAACAAACAAAAAACAUCCAAUAAGCAUUCUGUGGACAGAUAUGCCUGGUUGAUGAGAGAGGCCAAAGGAGAAUGGCCAGACUGAUUGGAGUUGACAGGCUACGGUAACUCAGAUGACCACUAUUUGCAAUUGUAGUGAGCGUCAAAGCAUCUCAGAAUGCACAUAUUGUCACACCUUGAGGUAGAUGGGCUACAACAGCAGAAGAUCACUGGCCUCCCCCCUCACCAGAUCUGAAUCCAGUGGAACAUCCCUGUUAGAACCGGGGACUGGCAGCAUGAAUGUGCACCUGACAGAUCUGCAGAAAUGAUGUGAUGCAAUCAUGUCAACGAGGAGCAGAAUCUCAGAAGGUGUUUCCAACAUCUCGUGAAAUCUAUGACAUGAAGAGCUGAGGCUGUUUAGAGAGCAAAGGGAGGCCCUGCACUGUAUUAGCAUGGGGUUCCUAAUGAAGUGCUCCGUGAGAUUAUUCGCUGAUAAUACAUGGGAGGAGGCGUAAACGUUAUCUCAAGGGUUAAACAAUACUAUGCACAAUUUCACUGGAAAGUUUCUGUCUUCGGCUGGAAAUAGACUGUCACGUUUCCGGAUGUGGCGUCACAUCAAAACAACAAAGACACAUUUUUAUUGGUCGGUGCAGCAAAACGGGGACCUGCUUAAAGUACCGAUGAACCGCAGGAGAGCGUCUCGUCGCAUCUCUCACUCACAGAGGAGGGAUGGACCGCCAGGAGGCGAGUGGAGGCAGAAGAACCAGGAGCAAUGGCGAGGCCACGACAAGGCCCAGGUGAGACAGGUGGAGAAGGAUGAGAGACGUGAGCAGGAGGGGAAACAAACAGUGCCCCGGGGGACUUGCCAGACCAUGUGCCCUACUCGUGAGCUGCGGCUCCGUGAGACACAGAACCGCCUUCACCGUUUUGAGAUGUUAGUGGGCACAGAAAGAGAUCGGCGGCCCAGGGGAGACCCCUUGCGUGCUGUCAAGGAGUACUCCAGACCAGCAGCUGGGAAAGACUCGACAAACCCCACUGACCUCCGUCCCCCUGCCGUGCUGCGGAAAACUGUGUGUUACCUUAUUGACGACAUCGCUGCCUCCCCUGGUCUGCAUCCUUGGACUGAGGUGUACAACUUUGUUUUUGAUCGGCUGCGUGGUGUGAAGCAGGACAUGAUCAUCCAGAGGGUGUCUGGGUUUGACUGUGUGGCCAUUUUAGAGCAGACAGUACGUUUCCUCAUCUACGCCUCCUAUCAUCUUUGUGGUGAGCCCCUGCGGCUCUACGACCCACGGAUUAAUGACACGCACCUACAGGAGAAUCUAAGCUGGCUGCUGAAUUGCUACGCUACUGGAACAGAGCCGCAUCUCAACCAGGAAGAGUUUCAAGCUCUUGGUCUUCUGUACAACCUCGGUUCAUCUCGUGCCACACGACACAUCUUGGAGCUCCCUGAGCAGCUCCGCAGCACUCCUGCCAUCAGGCUUGCUCUGUCGAUCAACCGGGCUUAUCUGGACGGAAACCCUGUGCGUUUGCUCCGAUUGGCUCAGAGGUUGAACUUCCUGCAGUGUUGCGCGCUCCACCGCCACCUGGUGACAUGUCGUAGAGAUCUGCUGCUAAUAUUCAGCCACGGCUACAGCAGCCGCAACUGCCGCUUUCCUCUUGACAGACUGGCUCAGCUCUUGUGCUUAGACACGUCACUUACAGCCCAGCUCUGUCAGUCUUACGGAGUGGAGGUUAACCAGAGCAACCAAGUGGUUUUCUCCAAGGCUGCUUUCACUGAGCCCGAACCAGGGAAACUGCACUGUAAACUGUAUCACAACAUAGUGGCUGAGAAACAGAGAGACCUCACUGUUGGGGGUAUCAUUCACGGUUGCGCUUGAGACCAAAAAAGGAGUUAAUUAGUAAUACCGGUAAUGCUUUAUAGGGAAAUGGUCUGUAAACUCACUCCCCUCCACAGGGAAGUCAAAACGCAAAUGACAGAGAUUUAAAGACUUGUCCAAGGACAGUUAAGCAGUGCAGCUGUUUUGUUAUUAAGUGGUUUCUUCUUUCUACUCUUAUUAUCUUGUUGGAUUUGAGCCUUGGGGCAUUCAUUCUACGAUAACGAAUGCCAGUAUGUUUACCAUUGAAAUGUUUUGGAUUAUACAUGUUCCAAACUCAGAUUAGGAUGAGGGUUGUUGUUGAGCUACGGGUCUGCCAUACUCCGACGGAGAGAGGCUGCAUCGGGGAGGAAAGUUCCCUCCUGGCUCCGGAUGUGGUUUUUCAUCCUCAACAUGCACUUGGUGUCUGAAUUACCGUAAGAUGUGAAUUAUUUUUAUACUGUUACUGAUGCUGGUUAUAUUCUUACUAUUUAAAUGUUUUAAUGCCAUAUUGUCUCUUUGUUCAGUAUUUCAGAAAACCUGCUGGAAAAUCUACUGUGCAACAGUGUUCAUUUAUUCUCAUAAAUGCAGUACCUCAGAAACAUUUUAAUAAAUUUUGUUAU